AUGGAGAAAGCCAGGCACGUGCCGGUACCUCGUAGUUUCAAACCCAAGCUGUUACAGCAAUUAACGAUCGUACCCCGCGGGCACUUGUUACUCGGAGCGCCCAGCACUCCUUCCAACGGCUGCGAGAGAGGACCCGGGGGUUCUCGGGGAGCCGCGGGUCACCCGCGGCCGGGGGGUCCCUCCCUGCCCGCCUCGGCCCCUCAGCACAGGCGGAAGAGCUCCCGGUUGGCAGCGGCGAGAGCGGAGGAAGCGGAGGCGACCGAGGCGGAGGCCGCGGCCGAGCCCGGUCCCGAAGGGGCGCUGGAGGGGGACGAGCGUCCCUUUGGGAAUCCCGACUCCUUGACCCGACCCCCGAUAAGAGCCUGUAGAGCGGCAGGCAAUUCUUCAUAUAACUUUCUUCAAGAGAAUCCAGUAAAAGAAAAAGCAAAGGCUUAUGACAGUAACGAACCUGAGAAACCAGCAGGGCAUCGACCAAACUUUUAUACACCGUUAAAAGAAAGAAAGACUGACUUCCUUGAGAAAAAUCAAGAGCACUAUUCAACGACAUCACAGAGCAGAAGUAAGUUUCAAGAUCAGCUCACUAAAAGGAAGCAGCCACAGCCUUUGGGCAAAAAGGAUGGUGAAUUACAGAGAGGAUUUUGCAAUAUCUGGACUUUAUUCCUGGUUCUGUUAAUUAGUGUCCCAUUGGUUUACCUUCUGUGGAGUGGAAUCCCCAGUCUUCUGAGUGGAACUUUAUCAAGUAGAGAUACACAAAUUCUGGAAGAGUUUCGGGCCCGGAUGAAGAAACUAAAAAAUACUUACCAAAGUCAGGACCCCAAUCUGUGGAAAAGAACCCACGUGUUGCUUGAGAAACAUCUUAAUGCUUCCCAUCUGCACGUGGAGCCGGCCAUCUUACUGUUCACAGCCGGCCGAGAAGCCGAGAAAGCGCUGAGAUGCCUGAGUUAUGAGAUUGCUGAUGCUUUUGCCUUCUCCCAGAAUGCUACUACCAUCAAAAUCAAUGGGGCAGACAAAGCCACGUUGGACAGUGACACUGUCAAGCUGGAGGUAGAUAACGAACUCAGCUCUGGGUUCAGAGAUGGCAAGAAGGUAGCAGUGGUGCAUCGAUUUGAGUUACUGCCUGCGGGCUCCACCUUAAUCUUUUACAAGUACUGUGACCAUGAAAAUGCCGCGUUUAAGGAUGUGGCUCUCCUGCUGACAGUUCUCCUGGACGACCAUUCGCUGAGAAAGAGUCUUACCUUGCAGGAAGUUGAGGAGAAAGUCCGGGAUUUCCUCUGGGCAAGAUUUACCAGUUCACAUGUUCCCAGUUCUUACAACAGCAUGGACACAGAUAAGCUGAGCGGACUGUGGAGCCGCAUAUCUCAUCUUGUGUUGCCCGUGUGGCCUGAAAAGGACCUCCCUGUGGAGGGAUGCGCAUAAAAGUUUCCAUAGAGGACUCAGGAAAGGAGGAGGACAGAAAAUGCAUUUAACAAUGGCUGAACAGGGAAGAGCUCACUAGCUGCUGAGCUCAGGAAGCAUACAGUCCUUUCUGUGCAAAGAAAUUCCACCAACUGGCAGGGUGGUUUCUAGUAAAGUAACUGGGACUUCUCUAAAUCAACUGCACAAUGUAAGCAAGGAACUUGCUGGUUGUUGGUAAGUUUUGUUCAGUGACUUAUUCAAGCUUGCUGUCUUGGAGCUGGAAGUAAGUGUUCACUGGUGCAGAACCACCAAUCUGCUUCUGAACCUGUCUUGGUUCCCCAUUGGCUUUGCUAUGAGGCACCUUUACUGGUGGUGCAUAAAGUUGGUAUCAUGUUUGAAAAGGUAAUAGGAUGCAUCACUGUCAUCUGCCAGAAUUGCUUACUUU